UUUAUUACUACGAACGAACUGUAAUAUGGUUUUAAUUUUUAAAUAUAACAAACGAUAAACGAAAAAAUGCGGAUAUGGACCACCUUUAUAUUGAUAAAUAUAAUAUAUUUGACUCACGUGUCCACAGCCCCGGUGAAUAAUUCAGGGAAAGGAAGCGGUUUGACAUCGAAAUUUGGUAAUAUUGCAGAUGCAAUUAUUAACCCAAAAUGGACAUUAAAUAAACCAGAUUCAAAAAAAAAGGACAAGAAUAAGGAUACAGAUUCUAACAAACAAAAUGAUGAUGAAAACAAUCCAAAUCCAUCAAAUGAUGAUACAAACGAUCCAAGUAUAACAGAUGGUGAUAAUGAUGAUUCUCUUAACGACAAAAAGCCCAAUCAUAAUAAAAAAAGAAAGAAAAAUAAAAAAAAAAAAAUAAUAAUAAGCCUAAUGGAAAACCUAACAGAAAUCAGAGAGGACACAGAUGGUACAAAAUGGUUACAGUGAAAUAUUUACUAGGUAAUUUACCAGAAUAUAUAAAUCAUGAAGAUGAACAAAAGAUUGUUUUGACAUGGGAUGAAGAACGAAAAAUUGUAUUGGACGAGCAUUUUGGCGCAUUUUCAAUUAACAAU